AUGAAGCUAAAUAGAUCCAAGAGUCCAGCAGAAAUAAUGACUGGUGAGGUAUCUGGUCCUUCCAGUCAAUGGGUGCAGCAAGAUUUAACCUCUGGCCUUUUGAUUAAUGAGGUGCCAGUUUGGAAAAAUGUAAAUAACAAUGUAUCUGUACAGACAGGCGAGGAGUUUUCGAUGCAAUUUCUUCAGGAUCGUACUACUUCAAAAGUUGUUCCUACCUUGCAUGGUGUUGCUCUGAACUAUGAGAAGAAGGUUGGUGUUCCUGAAAUUCAGAAUAACCAACUAUGUUACGAGGACCUUGCAAGAGUUCUUGGAUUGAGGAGAGUGGAUUCGGAGUGUGGUUCUGAUGUCACUGAAUUUACCUCUGCAAAGGGUUCUACUACACAGAUUGAGAAUGGGGUUUAUGUUAAUAAUGAAGCUGUAUAUUGUAAAGAUGGUGGCGCUAAUGGACACGUGCCAAGAAAGUUUACUAGUGUAGUAUAUAAUGAUCAGACCAAUUCAAUGCAAUGUGCUCCAGUGUUAACUGAAUCCGAAUCCUCUAGAUCCUUGGAUUCUUCAGGACUAAGAGUUUCAGAUGGUUCUCAAUCUGGAAAAAUAAAGUUGUUAUGCAGUUUCGGUGGUACAAUAUUGCCUCGUCCUGGUGAUGGGAAACUCAGAUAUGUAGGGGGACAGACACGUAUUAUAUCAAUACGGAAGAAUCUUUCAUGGGAAGAACUAGUGAAGAAAACAUGGGGCAUAUGUGCCCAGCCUCACUCAAUUAAAUAUCAGCUCCCAGGAGAGGAUCUUGAUGCACUUAUAUCUGUGUCUUCCGAUGAGGAUCUGCAGAACAUGAUCGAGGAAUAUUAUGGGGUUGAAAAACUUGAGGGUUCUCAACGACUCCGUAUUUUUUUGAUUCCUUUGAGUGAAUCUGAAAGCUCCUGUACACUUGAUGCCAGAUCUGUUCAACAGAAAGACCCUGAUUAUCAGUAUGUUGUUGCUGUAAAUGGUAUUGUGGGGAUUGAUCCUUUCCCCUCGAUGGACUUUAAUGGGCAGCCUUCUGCUGUGGAAGUGAGCCAUUCAUUGCCUAAUGCAGAAAGCAACCCAAUCUUCAAGAAAAGCCCUCCCUUCCUUCCACAUCCUUUGGAAAUGAAGGACAACCCUGGUGUCCCAAAUCUUACUCAGUUUUUGAAUGGAUCUCAGAAUUUGAUCAACUUCCCAUAUCAAUCCCCUUCCAUUACUCCCGUUCCUGUUCAACCAGGAGAUCUAAGGAAUGACAACACAGCAUUGUAUGAAAAUAUUGCAUCAGAUGGCAGUACUGAAGGUCCCAUUUUAUUCGGCACUGCUCAAUUAUCACCUCCACCCGAGAAUUCCAUUUGCUAUACUGCUGCAUACUAUCAUAACUCUCAGUUGCCCAUAAAUGUGACGAGUUUAUUCGAUCCUAUUAGAAACGAUGACAUCGUACAGCCAAGUGUUUCGAGUGAAUCUAUUUUCCAGGGAGAGCUUGUGGCUCCAUCAGGACUUGAGCAAAAUAGCAGCAACUUUGAACAAAGCUGUCAUGACAUGGCAGCAAUGACGGGAAGGAUAUUUCAUUCGGAGAAGCAUCACUCUCACCCAGAUAAUCUGAUGGGCAUUUUGCCAGGAUGUAAUGAUUCAAUUGGUUCUCAUCAUGGAAUGCCUCAUGCCGUUUCUGACUCCAAGCUUCAGGAACAGGGUGAGAGGUCUAUUUACGGCUCACAAGAAGGUAUGAGUCUGUUGUCCACCUCGAACUUUGCAAGACCUCAAUUAUCUACACAGAAAGAUCCGGUUUCUUUUCAAGAAAAUCCAUUUCAAUUUCACAAGAAUAUUGGCCUUGUCGAGCCACAAGUUCAUAUUAAGCUACCGAAUGUGGAGUCAACUCUAUCUAACAGGGGGGUGGAACUGAUGUUUCCCCUAGGCUCGGAGUCAUCAAGCAAAACCGGAUCUAAUGAUCACGUUGAAAAUUGUUGGAGUUCUGAAACAGUGAUCAGGCAUGACACAAGUGGCCAACUGUUGCACAAUGUAGAGAACUCUUGUGGUAUCAAGUCACCUAUGGUUGCUAUGGAAUCAAUUAAAAAUUUGCACAAUGUCAAUUGCCCAGCAUCUCUUAUGGACUUCAACACUCCAAGACAAGAUGCACAGCUUGCUAGCUGUGUUAUCCAUGCAUCAUCUGCAUUGGACUUGAAACCAUGUAUUGAUUCAACGAUGGACAAAUCUCAAAACAAUCAUAUGGGGAAAACCUCAUCUGGAGUCAUGAGGUUCAAACCAGAAAGCAACACUUCAUGGGACAAGAACUCAGAAGUUGCCGGGCUUAUACACAAUUCUAGGGAACAGUCUCAUGCUGCAAGCUCUUUAAGUCAUAUACUUGGGGGAUUAUCUAACGGUUUAGUUUCACAUGAGGUCCCUGAGCAUCAACCUGCUGCAUGUCCAAAGGAUGUGGGUCUUGAGAAACCCAAGGUAACAGAAUCUGAAGACCUGCAUAACCCUACAGUUGCUGAUAAUGCAGGUGGAAAUAAGGUUCUGCACAACUCUGCUUUGAUGCAGAAUCCAUCUAAGGAUGCUAUUUAUGGGAGAGAAGUCCAUCUCCUUGAUGAGGACUUGGCCAAUUAUGCUGAUCACCAGAUCGAAAAGUUGAACCAUGUCAAAUUUUUUAAUGAGCAGCAUAAGGUACAGGACACUCCACUAUGUAAGAACAAGGAACAACAUCAGCAGAAGCCUGUCCCAAUUAUUCAAUACACGAGUUUACAUUUAUCUCCUAUUGCUGAAUCUCGCUCCAAGAUUGUCCAAGAAGUAGCAGAUACAGUUAAUGCGGAAAUCCUAUCUCCUAGUGCUACUGAAGCUGAGAACACUUUAAAGAAUUCGAGUUCUGAGGAAGCUCAUUCCGAUGGACAUGAAGAAUUGAUUAGUGAUGCAAUGAUAGCUGAAAUGGAAGCAGAUAUAUAUGGUUUGCAGAUUAUAAAGAAUGCUGAUCUUGAAGAAUUGCGCGAGUUAGGAUCUGGUACAUAUGGAACUGUUUAUCAUGGGAAAUGGAGAGGAUCAGAUGUCGCCAUCAAAAAAAUAAAAAAAGCAUGCUUCUCUGGGAGAUCAUCAGAACAAGAACGAUUGGCACAAGACUUCUGGAGAGAAGCUCAGAUCCUGUCCAAUCUCCAUCACCCAAAUGUUGUUGCAUUUUAUGGAGUGGUACCAGAUGGUGCUGGGGGAACCUUGGCAACCGUAACUGAAUUUAUGGCAAAUGGAUCACUCAGAAAUGUCCUAAUUAAGAAGGAUAAAUCACUUGAUCGCCGUAAGAAGCUCAUGAUUGCCAUGGAUGCAGCUUUUGGCAUGGAGUACUUGCAUUCAAAAAAUAUUGUCCAUUUUGAUUUGAAAUGUGACAAUUUGUUAGUUAAUCUGAGAGAUCCACAACGACCCAUAUGCAAGGUUGGAGAUUUUGGACUAUCAAGAAUCAAACGCAAUACACUAGUAUCUGGUGGUGUGCGAGGAACCCUUCCAUGGAUGGCGCCAGAACUAUUGAAUGGGAGCACUAGCCGGGUAUCAGAAAAGGUUGAUGUGUUUUCAUUUGGCAUAGCACUAUGGGAGAUCCUAACUGGUGAAGAACCUUAUGCAAAUAUGCAUUGUGGGGCAAUCAUUGGAGGAAUCGUCAAAAACACUCUUCGGCCUCCCAUCCCUGAAAAGUGUGAUGCCGGGUGGAGGAUGUUGAUGGAACAAUGUUGGUCAGCUAAACCAGAAGCACGGCCAUCAUUCACUGAGAUCACUAAUAGGUUAAGAUCUAUGUCUGCUGUCCUUCAGUCAAGGGGGAAUAUCAACCCUGUGAGUCAAAUGAAACCCAAUAUUACCAUGUAA